CAGCAGCCCUGCUGAUAGGGUUUCACUCUCUCCGUGGCGAAGAGAAGGACAGGCGGUACAAUACACACACCGAGGGACACAAUCUACCUCCAAAGCUUAAAUUCUCGUCACUGCGUCGCACAUUCUCCGUCUGGGACCUUGUGUUUCGGUGGACACCUGGGUCUUUUAGCCAUGUCUUUCACAACUGCUGCUCCUUCUAACAAGAGGAAGAAAUCCAACAAGAUCAUCACUGAUCUGUCCAACAUCAGCCAGAACGACGAUGAGUCAGACAAUGAGGGCGCCGAGCUGGAUCUGGGCACCAAGAUCAAGACGCCUAAGGAUGUAAUGUUGGAGGAGCUCUCCCUGCUCAACAACAAGGGCUCCAAGAUGUUCAGGAUGAGGCAGCAGAGGGUGGAGAGGUUCAUUGUGACCAAUGAGCACAUGCAGAACCUGGAGAACCUCCUGAUGUCUCCUCCUCCUGUUCCACCAAAGCCUGAGAAGCCAAAAGAAGAAGUGGUAGAAGUGAUAGUGGAUGAGGAGGCAGAAAAGGAGGAGAGGAGGAGGGAGUAUGUUCGCACAUACGUAUCACCAUGGGAACGGGCCAUGAAGGGCAACGAGGAGCUGAAAGCCACCAUGAAGUCAUACAUGCCAGGACCCAUCCAGAUCCAGCCUGAUCUGCCUCAGUACAAGAGCUUCAACAAGACAGCGCUGCCAUAUGGUGGCUAUGACAAAGCGUCCAAGAUGCUGACCUUCGAGAUCCCGGAGAUCAACGUUGCCCCUGAGGAGCCGGAGCCGCUGCCCAGCCUGCAGGCCGACAUCCGCUCACGUCCGUCGUUCAAUCGCACGCCCAUCGGCUGGGUGUGCAGCGAGGAAAACUCACACAUCCACAUGGACCCGGACAACGUCGCCUUUGAUGGAGAGACAGAUGACCUGUGAACACGUGCAGCACGCAGACAGAGACAUGAAAACAACAUGUUGUGAUCCGCACCGCAAAGUACACGCAAAAACAACUUAAGCACAAUUACUUCAGGACAAACUGUAGCAGGCAUGUACAUACAGUAUAUGAGAGUAUCAGAGAGAUAAUAAAGUACAGCACAUACUGUGAAAUGAUGACUCAAGGCCUUACAGAACUGCUUUGGCUCCCGUGGGCUCAGGCCUAAAUGUACUUUAACUGCAUGGAAAAUGAAAAAAUAAGGGAAAGACAAAUAAAAAUGACUGGAUGGAAAGGAACAAAAUGAUUUCCCCUGCUCUCAUGGGUGCGUUUCAUGUCAUAUGAUGUCAUAUGAUCUUGCACACUGUGAGCUUGUGAGACUUGUGUGUAUGGAAAUAGACAAGCACGCUGCACUCUUAGACACAAUGUAUUUAUUCAAUAAAGUUCUUCUUUACAGAAUGUCCCACUGUUUCUCCUUUA